GCACAAUGGUAGCACAACCAUUGUGAUGCUGUGAGCAUUGGAAGAACGUCAUCCGCUGGGAGGAAUAUUUGUUUUGGUUGUACAAUUUAUUAGUUCACAAAUUCUUGCCCCAGCCUCAAACACCAUUCCCAAUAUGUAGCUCUAACCGUGUUUAACAGUGCCCGUGUACAAUGUAAUUGCAGUGCUGAGGUGUUACCAAGUAUUUACCCAAGAACAAGAACCUACGAGGUCGCGUUGUACUUGAACGUGACGCAGGAAGGCAUAUAAAAAAAAGGUAGAGAAAAAUUGAAGGACACUUUUUGUGCGUGAAGAGGAGACAGCAGAUUUGCACCCUACGGCAGUGCCCGCGAUACGACGUAGAAAGCGCGUUUGGUUUUAAUAAUAAAUAAACCCAAACAUAAGCGGGAUGGCCGAUAAAGGUUCGCAGCCGGGCGGGACGCCCCAGCCGCUGGUGAAGAUAGGCCACUACAUACUGGGCGCUACCCUUGGCACGGGCUCGUUCGGAAAGGUCAAGAUUGGCGAGCACCAGGUGACGAAGCACAAGGUGGCGGUGAAGAUACUGAACCGGCAGAAGAUCAAAAGCCUGGACGUGGUGGGCAAGAUUCGGCGCGAGAUCCAGAACCUGAAGCUGUUCCGCCAUCCGCACAUCAUCAAGCUGUACCAGGUGAUCUCGACGCCGACCGACAUUUUCAUGAUCAUGGAGUACGUGAGCGGGGGCGAGCUGUUCGACUACAUCGUCAAGAACGGCAAGCUGCAGGAGUCGGAGGCGCGCCGCUUCUUCCAGCAGAUCAUUUCCGGCGUCGACUACUGCCACCGGCACAUGAUUGUGCAUCGCGAUUUGAAGCCGGAAAACUUGCUGCUCGAUCACAAUCGUCACGUGAAGAUUGCAGAUUUCGGACUAUCGAACAUGAUGCUGGAUGGCGAGUUUUUGCGCACCUCGUGCGGCUCGCCAAACUACGCCGCACCGGAGGUAAUCUCCGGCAAGCUGUACGCCGGACCGGAGGUGGACAUUUGGUCGUGCGGCGUCAUACUGUACGCGCUGCUCUGCGGCACGCUGCCGUUCGAUGACGAGCACGUGCCGACGCUGUUCCGCAAGAUCAAGUCGGGCGUGUUUCCCAUUCCGGAGUAUCUGAACAAGCAGGUGGUGAGCCUGCUGUGCCAGAUGCUGCAGGUCGAUCCGCUGAAGCGCGCGACGGUGGAGGAGAUCAAGAAGCACGAAUGGUUCCAGAAGGAUCUGCCGGCGUACCUGUUCCCGUCGCCGGUCGAGCAGGACAGCAGCGUGGUGGACACGAACGCGAUCCGCGAGGUGUGCGAGAAGUUCAGCGUGAAGGAGCACGAGGUACACAAUGCGCUGCUGAGCGGCGACCCGCACGAUCAGCUCGCGAUCGCGUACCAUCUGAUCAUCGACAACAAGCGCAUCGCGGACGAGGCGGCCAAGGCGGAGCUGAAGGAGUUUUACGUGGCUGGCAGCCCGCCACCGCCCGGUGCGGACAGCAAGUUCGGCACGCCGCUCGGCCCGGGCUCGAUCGCCCCGACCCAGGCCGGCACGCCGAGCGAGCCGUUCAAAUCGCCCUCGAUACACCCGGAACGCAUUGCACCGCUGCGGGAGCGGCCGGUCACGGCGGCCCAGAACAUGCCGGUGCCCACGCUCAGCACCAUGUCGCCGUCGGCCGUGAUGCCGAUCGACAAGCAUCGCGGCACGCCGGUCAAGCGGGCCAAGUGGCACCUGGGGAUACGGUCGCAGUCGAAACCGAACGACAUCAUGCUGGAGGUGUACCGCGCGAUGAAGGCGCUCGACUUUGAGUGGAAAAUCAUCAACCCGUACCAUGUGCGCGUGCGCAAGUACAAUGCGCGCAACGACAAGCACGUGAAGAUGUCGCUCCAGCUGUACCAGGUCGAUCCGAAGAACUAUCUGCUGGACUUUAAGUCGCUGACGAACGACGAGGUGGAGCAGGGCGACGAUGUGAUCAUGGAGAGCCUGACGCCACCGCCCCCGGUCGGGUUCGGGGGGAUGGGCAUUCCCUCCAACCAUCAGCCGAGCGGCCACCACACGAUGGAGUUUUUCGAGAUGUGCGGUGCGCUGAUUGCGCAGCUGGCCCGCUAAAUCAUCGGAUAGGUGGUGGGGUUUGCCGGCACAUUUUUGUUAGCCCUAAUUUUUAACGCGCUGUAGAUGAAAAGCCAAAAAAAAACAAACUGUAACAAUUGUUUGCUGUAGGGAAAAACCGAACAAGGAUUAUAAUAUAUAGCGGACGAUCCACGCCUUAACGCA